CUGGGCCCCGGGCCCCGAGCGCAGAACCGCGGCCGGCAGCACGGCGGCAUGGCCGUGUCCUGGAGCAGCUGGCUGGCCAACGAAGGGGUUAAGCACCUCUGCCUGUUCAUUUGGCUGUCCAUGAAUGUUCUGCUUUUCUGGAAAACCUUCCUGCUGUACAACCAAGGGCCAGAGUAUCAUUACCUCCACCAGAUGUUGGGCCUAGGAUUGUGUUUAAGCAGAGCUUCUGCCUCUGUUCUUAACCUCAACUGCAGCCUUAUCCUUCUACCCAUGUGCCGGACACUCCUGGCUUAUCUUCGAGGAUCACAGAAGGUUCCAAGCAGGAGAACAAGAAGAUUGUUGGAUAAGAGUAGAACAUUCCACAUUACCUGUGGUGUUACUAUCUGUAUUUUCUCAGGUGUGCACGUGGCUGCCCACCUGGUGAAUGCCCUCAACUUCUCAGUGCACUACAGUGAAGAUUUUGUUGAACUGAACGCAGCAAGAUACCAAGAUGAGGAUCCUAGAAAACUUCUCUUCACAACUGUUCCUGGCCUGACUGGGGUCUGCAUGGUGCUAGUGCUCUUCCUCAUGGUUACAGCUUCUACCUAUGCAAUAAGAGUUUCCAACUAUGAUAUCUUCUGGUAUACUCAUAACCUCUUCUUUGUUUUCUACAUGCUGCUGAUGUUGCAUGUGUCAGGAGGGCUGUUGAAGUACCAGACUAAUUUAGAUACCCACCCUCCCGGCUGCAUCAGUCUUAAUCGAACCCGCUAUCGGGGCGUUUCCUUACUGGACUCUUUCUCAGAACAUUUUCAUGAACCUUUACCUGGACGAUUCUCAAAACCAGAUGAGCUUAAAAGGAGCACAUUUGUGAAGAUUUGCAUAGAGGAGCCCAGGUUCCAAGCUAAUUUUCCACAGACAUGGCUCUGGAUUUCUGGACCCUUGUGCCUGUACUGUGCUGAAAGACUCUAUAGGUGCAUUCGCAGCAAUAAGCCAGUCACCAUCAUCGCUGUCAUCAGUCAUCCUUCAGAUGUCGUGGAGAUCCAAAUGGUCAAAGAAAAUUUUAAAGCAAGACCUGGCCAGUAUAUUAUUCUACAUUGUCCCAGUGUAUCUGCCUUAGAAAACCAUCCAUUUACCCUCACAAUGUGUCCAACUGAAACCAAAGCAACAUUUGGAGUCCAUCUUAAAAUAGUAGGAGACUGGACAGAACGAUUCCGAGAUUUACUACUUCCUCCAUCAGAUCAAGGCUCUGAAAUUCUGCCCUUCAUUCAAUCUAGAAAUUACCCCAA